CUAAUAUUUUGGAGGAGUCGUUAUUGGAGUCCAUUGUAAAGGAGUCGCCAAUGAUAGCAAGUUUUCUUACUACGGGGUCUGGUGUUGAUGAAAGCACUAUGGAAAGAUGUCAGGGAAGAACUAUGCCUUAUGUAGAGAAGGUGAUGACUACCUCUUUGGAAAAUGAAUUAAAAGAAAAAAUGAAGAUACUGAUAUUUAAAAAAAGAUUAUUGGCGAAAGAGUUACAAGAACACAAAAAAGAGAUAGCAACUCUAAGAGAGAUGAUUAUUAAUAUGAAAUCAUCUGAAGAUCAUGAUUUUGAGACAAAGAAGAGAUCAAUAGGAUCAGAUGAGUAAAUAUUGCAAGAAAUAUCAGCCUUUACAAACAGUUAUUCCCUUUUU